AUGGCGGAACCAAUGGAGGCCGAGAUUGUGGUGGAACCGGAUGACGCCCCCUUUUCGACGCCAAAGCGCCCGAUUCGAGUUGCGAAGCCGACCAUCAAAAUUCGAACCACGACUCGACAGGACAAAGAGGCAGCGCAGGAACCGAAGAGAACGACCCGGAACACGACGCGAUCAGCAUCAAUUGAAGGAACGGCGGAACGAGCGAGCGACAUCAGACGAAGCAAUGGCGGCGGCGGAAGUAUCGGAAGCAACGAUGGCCGGGCAAUGCUCCAGAAGGCUUUGGAGAUGCUGGGUGAAUCCCGCAAAGAGUCCCAAUGGCUGAAGGAAGCACUCAAGCGGCAAAUGGAGGUGGUGCAGAAACAGGACGAAAUGAUACGCGACUUGAGCUCGAAGAUGGAUGAAACCACGAAACAGAUGAACGAAGAACUGAAGCAAUCCCGCGAAGAACUGAAGCUGGUCCGUGAGCAACUCGAAACUAUCGCGACAAACGCCACACAAUCCCCCUCCAUGUCGUACGCCGACGUUGCGCGAUCAGCCCCGUCAUCCCAACCGACUAACCUCCGAACGCUCUCGUCCUUUAACACGACGCCGUCCAACUUCUCCGACACGCCGUACUGCACAAUCGAUACAUCCCAUGCCGAAAGCGAAGCCGCCGAGCAAGUGUCGGUCGGCUCAAUCCGAACGAUGGUGGAGAGCCAGAUCCGUUCUGGAGAAGGCGAGGCCGGGUCCUGGCGGUGCCGAGCAGUGACGAAGGACCCUAGGAACCCCCAUCGCAUCAGGAUUGCUUGCAGAAACGACGAUGAACACGCGAUGGUGAAACGAGUGGUGGAAGCGAACCUGGCGCGAGGAGCCCGGAUUCUUCGAGACGAUGUUUACCCAAUCAGAGUGGAUAGUGUCAACCGCACAGCUGUGCUGAACGACGAUGGAGACGUCCGCGCCGGAGCAGCGGAGGCUUUUGGCGUGGAGAACGACGCCUCGGUUGCGAAGGUAGCGUGGCUUAGCGACAGAAACGUUGCGAAGGCGUAUGGAUCGAUGGUAGUGUAUCUCAGGAAAGCGGCGGAUGCACGCCGGCUGCUCGGCGAAGGCUUCUUCCACGCGGGAGGAGAGUCUGGCUAUACGAGGCCCUUCGAGCGCCGAGAACGAACGAAUCAGUGCUACAACUGUCAAGAAAUUACCGACCACAAGGCCUACCAAUGCAACAAGCCCAAGAUGAUGCAACUUAACGUGAUGAAACGGGGCGAAAUACACGAGAGCUUGAUGAACGACGAAGCAAUUCGGGAUGCGACGGUGUUGGCGAUCCAGGAGCCGCAGGCGAGGGUCAUCCAAGACCGCCUCCUGACGACCCCAAUGGGACACCAGGGGUGGACGAAGAUGGUCCCGUCGACGUGUAGGGAGGGUAGAUGGGCGAUCAGGAGCAUGUUGUGGGUGAAUAAGGAGGUGGAAGCGGAACAGAUACUGGUGGAGUCGCCCGACGUGACGGCGGCCGUUGUCCGGCUCGAGGAGCGGCUGGUGGUGGUGGCGUCGGUAUACGUGCCGGGAGGUGAAAGCCAUGCUCUACGGAGCAUAUGUGACAAGUUGCGACAGAUCGUGCUGGACACUAGACAGCGAGCGGACAGGGUAGUGGAUGUGGUCAUUGCGGGCGACUUCAACCGACACGACCAGCUCUGGGGAGGAGACGAGAUAUCGAUGGUCAGGCAGGGCGAGGCGGACCCGAUCAUCGACCUCAUGAACGAGUUCGGCCUCAGUAGUCUACUACCGCGUGGCACGAAGACGUGGCAGAGAGGGGAGCACCAGUCGACCAUCGAUCUCGUCUUGGCUUCUGAAGAUCCGACGAACUCGCUGAUCAAGUGUGCGAUCCACGAGACGGACCAUGGGUCGGAUCACAGGGCCAUUGAGACGAUUUUCGACGUCUCGAUUCCUACACCGGCACCGCGGGAGCGCCUGCUCUUCAAGAACGCGCCCUGGAAAGAGAUUAACGCCAGGAUCGAGAGAGCGCUGGAAACGACACCUGGCGAAGGAACGGUGCAACAAAAGACGGACAGACUGAUGGCGGUGGUAACGGAGGCGAUCCACGCCCUGACACCGAAGGCCAAGCCGUCGCCGUACUCGAAACGGUGGUGGACGACCGACCUGACACAGCUUCGUCGAAUCUACACGUACUGGAGAAACCGAGCGCGUGCAGAAAGGCGGGCGGGACGAGCCAUGGCGGACCUGGAAGAAAAGGCGAAGGCGGCAUCGAAACAGUACCACGACGCGAUCCGUCAGCAAAAGAGAAAGCACUGGAAUGAGUUCCUAGCGGACAACGACAACAUAUGGAAGGCUGCUAAGUACCUGAAAGCAGGCGAUGAGGAGGCUUUCGGCAAGCUGCCGCAGCUGGUCAGGGCAGACAAAACAACGACGACGAACCACACAGAACAAGCAGAAGAACUACUCACCACCUUCUUCCCCGCCCUCCCCGAAGACAUUGACGAGGAGGGAGACAGACCGCAGAGAGCUGCGGUGGAGAUGCCGCCUAUUACGAUGGAAGAAGUGGAACGCCAGCUAUUCGCGACAAAGUCGCGGAAGGCACCCGGCGAAGACGGGCUCCCAGCGGUGGUCUGGAAGCAGAUCUGGCCGGUGGUGCGGGACUGGGUCUUGUCGAUCUUUCGGGCAUCGCUGGAAGAAGGAAAACUGCCCCACCAGUGGAGACAUGCAAAGAUCAUACCGCUCAAGAAACCGGGCAAAGAUAACUACACGCUGGCAAAAGCAUGGCGGCCGAUCUCGCUGCUGGCCACAUUGGGUAAGGUGCUGGAGUCGGUGGUGGCGGAAAGGAUAUCACAUGUUGUCGAACUCUAUGGUCUGCUGCCGACCAACCACUUCGGAGCUCGAAAACAACGAUCGGCCGAGCAAGCGCUCUUGCUCCUCCAAGAGCAGGUUUACACGGCAUGGCGAGGCCACCGUGUUCUCAGCCUCGUCAGCUUUGACGUGAAAGGGGCGUACAAUGGAGUGUGUAAGGAAAGGCUGGUCCAAAGAAUGAAAGCGCGAGGCAUCCCGGAUGACGUGCUCCAGUGGGUAUCGGCCUUUUGCUCCGACCGCACGGCAACGAUCCAAAUCAACGGGCAGUCGUCUGAAUCGCGAAGCCUACCCCAAGCGGGCCUUCCUCAGGGGUCACCAUUGUCCCCGAUACUGUUCCUCUUCUUCAACGCAGAUCUAGUGCAGAGACGCAUUGACAGCAACGGAGGAGCGAUGGCCUUUGUCGACGACUUUACAGCUUGGGUCACGGGGAAGACGGCUCAAGAUAACCGCAAAGGCAUCGAAUCGAUCAUACGAGACGCAAUCGACUGGGAAAGGAGGAGCGGCGCGACGUUCGAGGCCGAGAAGACGGCCAUCAUCCACUUUACCCGCAAUGACCACAAGUCCGACCCGGAA